AUGCGCCACAGCCUCACGCAGCUGCUGGCGGCCUCGGCCGGCGGGGCCAGCCCCUCGGGCGCCGUCUGGCCGCUGGCCGGAGCGGGGCAGGCCCCGAGAGGGCGGGAUGGCGGCGGGGAAGGGGACCAGGGCCCCGCGCGGCCCAAACCGCAGCCGCCGCCGCGGCGGGAGCCCCCGGGCGCCUCGGAGCCGCGGCGGCAGGAGAAGGAGGCCGAGGCGCCCGGCGGCCCGCUGGAGGUGUGGGAGCAAGAGGACUGGUUCCCGGGGCUGGAGCUGGGAGACCUGCUGGAGGCGGCCCGGCCGGACUGGGACCUGGACGCGGAGCUGAGCGACUGCUUCUGUGGGGACCCGGAGCCGCUGCCCGCGCCGGGCCAGGGCCCGCGGCCGCCGGCGCCCGGGCGGAGGAGCGGCGGGGCCGGGAGCCGGCUGAAGGCGGCGGCGGCGGCGCGGUUGAACCGGCUGAAGAAGAAGCAGUAUGUGCUGGGGCUGGAGAGCCGUCUGCAGGGCCUGGCUGCCGAGAACCGGCAGCUGCGGGACCGCAACCGCGGCCUGAGCCGCCGCCUGCGAGAGCUGGAGCGGGAGAGCAGCUACCUGCGGGCUGUGCUGGCGAACCAGAGCGCGCUGGGGCAGCUCCUGAGCCGCCUGGCCGGGACCCGCGCCGGCGGGCUGCAGCUCAGCACCAGCCUCUUCAGGGACACGGGCAGCCCCCGCCGCCAGCAGCAGCACCUCCAGCCCGCCGGUGAGAGCAGCGACCACGACUACGCCCUGCCCAGCUCCCGGCCUCGCGGGCUGGAGGAGGCGGCGGCGGUGACUGAGACGGAGGAGGAGUGGGCGGCCCCUGGCGGGAUUUGCCUGCACGUGGACCGGGAUCAGGUGUCGGUGGAGUUCUGCUCCAUCUGUGCUCGGCGGGCAGCGGCCUCCUUCAAAAUUUUCUCUUUUAGGUGGUUGCCCUGCCAGGCUCCGUUGUGUAGGGGUUAAAGAACAGUCGUUUUCCACCUCGCAACCUGGUAAGGAUCAAUAUAUUCCCAUAAUGUGGUAUCAGACAGCUUGCUUUGCUUAUCCCAGUCUCUCAUAAUGACUGGUUCAGAAAAUGGUUUCUCUGGUCCUUGGCCUACUCUGCCAAAAUGUUUCUAGCUCUGGAUGACAAUUUAUAGUAAAGGUUACAAUCACAUCAGUCUCAUUAGCUGUUUUCCUUUUUUUGUUUUUGAAACAACUACAUUGGCUACAUAGUAGCCAAUACAGGAACUACAUUUUGAAUUUUAAAAUACUGCUCAUACAUUUGAAAUAGAAAUUUCCUAUUAAACCAAGUGUGUGAUGAGUGGAAAAAGGAAAACAUGCUUAUAAGGGGGAUGUGACAUUUAUAGUCUAUUAUUACAGGGGACUGUCCCAAAAGUCUAAGUAAAUUGCUUUUUGAAUGAAAAAAAGGAAAGGAAAUUGUGACCUGUUGGUUUAAAAUGCUGUCUAGUGUUAGGGAUGCACAGAACCAUUCAAAAGCCCCUCUCUAGCUGGCUCUAAUUCACAGUGCAGAGUUUUACCUGAUGAAACAGCCUGAGCACUGGUUAAAUCACUGCAGAGGAGUCCUCACAUAGAGGAGUUGCUCUUGCACGGACCUCUAAGGAGAAUUAGGUUUGAAGAAUCAGUGCAUCGAAGUAACUCAUUACUUUACCUUCCAUAAGUAAAUCUCUGUGCCCAUGCACACUGAAAUUCCUAUGUUACUUCAGAGUAGCUUUAAAUUCUAAAAAUAUUGCAUGUAUAUGCAUGUGCUUAACUCUACUGUAGAGUUCUUAAUUCAGCCUCUUAGAGUAUCCAGAAAUCUAUAACCUGAUAUAAUUAAGCACAGUUUGGGGAUGAGCAAAUACGUGUCUUGAGGCUAAUGAUAUGAAAAAUGCUCCAUAAUUGCUCCUGAGAUAGGAGGAAAAAUAGUUUGACAAAAAAUAGUGUGUGUUUUCUUGUAGUAGUCAGUGUUUCUCCCUAUCACAAAAGAUGAGUGGGUUCUUUUUUUCAGUUGUAUUAUAAUGUUUAGGUUGUUUAAAUGUAUGUCAGUUGGGGGAAGAAGGAUUGUGAAAAUGAUAAUAUGUAAAGUGAGGUUUCACAAAGAAUACUUUUCUAAAACAGAUUAAUUUAUAAUUUUUUUUAAAUGAUAUUAGUGCUAUUUAGUGUUUCUGAAGUCUUGUUUCUUAAAGCCUUAAAUUUUGUGUUUAAGGCUAAGUAGGUGAAAGCAUUUUCUCCCAGUCAUUUGCGUUAUUGGUGCUAGACCCUGUCACGUGUUCAUCAGUAGAAAAGGAGAUUGAUUUUUCUUUGUGAAACAUCACUGUGUGAUAAAGUAUAUGUGUAUUUAGCAUCCUUGUUUUUCUUUAUGCUAAAGUGGAUUCAGCUGUGUUGGGGCAGAAGAGACGGGACCAGCUGCUGGCCACAUUUCCUGCUUUAUUUUAAAAGGUAAGUGGUUCUGUUGGUUAAAGUCUGGUGGCUUCCGGAGAUAUGACAAUGCACUGUCAUGUAAAAUACUUGGUCCCUGGGAAUCUCCAGUCGGGGUGAUUAAGGUAAGGCAGAUGGGAACACCAUGUGACACAGCAACACUUUGAAUCAAGAAAAUGAAAUGAUCUCUACCUAACAGAGACUGUAUUGCUGCUGCUCCUGGGUAUGGAUAAAGAAUGUGUCAUGUUCCUGCUGUAAUGACCCAUUUUUAAGGAAAAGGUAGAUAAAGAUGAUAAAACUCCUUCAAUAUAUUUUCAUCAGCAUUACAGAAUAAGUUUUAACCUUUUCAAGUAAAGGUCGCAAUGUUGAAUUCUUAAUUCUCAUUAAUAAAUAUUUCCAUGUGCAUCAGGGGAUGCUAGAAUUUUACUGAAGUGACUCUUGACCAGUAACUGUACAGCUUUUACAGUUACAGAACCAUUUAGGUUUGGAAAACACCCUCAGGACCAUCAAGUCCAACCUUUUACUUAUCACCAGCUCCUUGACUAGACCAUGGCACCAAGUGCCUCAUCCAGUGGUUUCUUGAACACGUCCAGGGAUGGUGACUCCUGCCACCUCCUGGGCAGUCCAUUCCAAUGCUCAGCAAGCCUUUCUGAAACUAAAUUCCUGAAAUUCCUCCUGAUGUUCAACCUCAAACUCCCCUAGCACCAUUUGCGGCCAUUUCCUCUUGUCUUGGCACUUGUUGCCUGGGAGAAGCCAACCUCCACCUAUGGCAGGUUAAGACCAUACAUUAGAUUGGGAGUAUUGCUUCUGUAGAAUUCCUGAUUUAGCGCUCAGACUGCAGAAUACACUACGGACCCUCAGGCAGUAGAAGAGCUGCAAUUUAUAUUGCUCUAGAACGUCCAGCCACCAGUGUGAAGGCACACCUGACUCAUAAAUGCAUUACUCUGGACCACUGAUCUUAGACAUAGCUGAGAUACCCCAGUAAUGGCACUGGCCCUCAAAGGCCUCUCACCACAGCCCCAUCCUUCAGGAAAAGACUUAAUUUCAAGGCAAAAUGGUUACAAGGCCAGAGGCUGUUUUUUUGAUAUGAUAGGAAGCCUGACAUGACUGUCACUCCUGAUUGCUCUGUGAUAAAAUUGUUCUCCACAGUGUGACCCAUC